GACAGCUGAUCUGACGCCGCGAAAAAAAAGACGAUCGGAGGAACAAAAGAAAAACGACGACGAAACGGUGCGUGGUGCUUUGCUUUGAGGCGAGUGACUAGACAGAAAUUAACUUCAAUCCUUUUUGUAUUACGCGAUUAAAAAACUGUCCAACUGAUUCACGGGAAAAGCCGUGAGGAAAAUCGUUCCUACUCGUGUGCGAAAUGAAACAAUAAGUGGUGAUUGAAGAAUCCAUUACAUUAGUGUGGCGUUCCCGUGGUCGGGAAAAGAGAAAAAAAUCGAUUCGUGGCUCCCGAUCGAAAAGAAAGGAAGGAGGUGAAAGACAACAGCAGCAACAGUAAGAAGAAAAGAGACGAUUCUGGCUUACGACGGAAAAGCAGAAAAUCGCUUGUGACCUUUUUUUCCAUUCCGGAGGGCAGGAUCGUUCCGUUUAGACCAAUUACACGGAAGAGUGACGGAACGACGAACUGAGUGAACCUCUUCUUUUCCUGCAGCGGAAAGUGCUUGCCAUAUCGACUGAGCGCUCAAGCAAAAGCCUUUGUGUGUCAAAUUCUCGGCUUCCGGAAAGUUUGUUCCGUGUCCUCAUUUGGAGGAGACAGACAAAACGGCCUCAAAAGUGGAAGUCCAUCAGGCGCCGAAGAGGAAGCAAUCCGAAAUGGAGCUCACACCGGAGGAGAUUCGAGCGAGGCGUUUGCGAAAGCUGGAAACCGGAUCGUCCGGAGGAGGAGGAGGCGGCGGUAGCAGAUUAUUGGCACCAGUAGUGGCGGCUCCCGAUGGCCAGCAGAAACAGCCGGAUCAGCAGCAGCAGGAUACUCCGAUGAUUGAUGGGGAGACUGGUGUUGUUGUCGCAUCUUCCACCCAAGCAGAAACAACUAUCACGGUAAAUUCUGUGGAGGCCAAGCCUCAGGGAUCACCCACAAAAUCCGGAUCUGGUGAAACGCCUUCCAAUAGCAACAACAAUGCAUCCAACACCGACUCACCUACCAAGAUGGAUGAAGAUCCUCCGGCAACAAGCAACGACGCAGUGCCCUCUCCCGUGGAUUCCCCGACUAAGACUGAAGACAAAUCGCGCGACGAGGCCGCAACUCGCGAGGAACUGCAGCAGAUUGUGUUCCGCAUCAUGAACAUCAACAGCCAGAUUCGCUACUCGGAAGCUCGUUUCACCAUAGAUCCUGCUGUCCUGAGCAACGCUCUUGAAGCCCUGGAUGCCAAAAAUUAUCGCGAAUUCUGCGCCGAGAUAUUCAUCGAGGUCGUCAAAGAGUUUUACGAGGGAAAGCUGAUCCAGUCUGGGGAUGGAAGCACUAGUGGGACCUUCUCGGAUAAUUGGAACAGCAUCCCGUCUAAGAAGGUGAAACCUAUCGAUAUAGAGGAAGUGUUGGAGAAAAGCGGCGGAAGCGCAGCGAUGGAGAUCGAUAGCGAUAUUAGACUUUGCACGUCGAAGCCAAGCAUGAAGGCUUUCAGUUCGAAUCGUGUCGCAGCGCUGGACUAUCUCAUAAACUGCUACUGUCGUGCCAAUGACGAAGUGUAUAGUUAUACCAAAAUCAAGAAAAGUAAAAAAAUGUACCUGGCGGAGAUUUUACCGGACGUGGCUGCGAUCAUACGGCAGCAAACGCUGAAAUACGCCAUUCUGUUGACCAAGAACCGGUUCCAGAACUUUGCGCAAAUCGAGAAUCCUGCCAAACUGAUCCUGGAGAAGUCACCGCUGCUGCAGUUGAUGUAUGAAAAUAAGGUCCCGUCGGACUUCCUAGCUAGCUUAAUGGCCGAGGCCCGUAAGAAUGAGUCGGACUUCGACGCCAUUUUCACCAUCGUUCUAGAUGACCUGUACGUAGACAUGCAGAACACGAUAUGCAACGAAAACAUCGUCUCGGAUCCGCUGAUUCGGCUGAAAGAACUCGUCGAGAUCAAGGUGGAAAAUACGAACCCGAUCUGCAAACUGAUCGUCAAGCACGUUGUGUUCCUACCAAGACUGACCCUAGACAAAUACGCGGCCCGGGAGAUUUCCAAGGUGUCCUUCCUGGCGCCGUUCCUCUCGCUGUCGGUUCUGCUGGAUGAAAAUCCCAAAUUCGCAACGCAUCACUUUUUGGAAAACGUUUGCGACAGGACGCUGGCCUCGUCGUUCCAAACUCUACUGGGCAAUACCAGAAAACUGCUGCACCAGAUUUUCCUCUCGCUGCUCACGAAUCUGGACAGCCGGCAGGAGGUGCUCAAAUACAUCUCGGAAAUCUUGAGGACCAACCAUAAACGAAUUCAAUACAACGCGGACGAUCGAUUCCUGGCAAAGGAUGGGUUUAUGCUGAACUUCAUGUCCAUACUUCAACUGUUGUCCGUGAAAAUCAAUUUGUCCAGAAUAGAUCCACUCUAUCCGCAUCAUCCGGACGCCCUGAUAGACAUCGAGGAUGAAACGAAGCUCAAAUUUUCGUCACAAGAGUACACGGAUUGGCUGGAGAAGCUCCGUUCGACAAAGAAAUGGGAAACCCCGAAGUUUGUCACGCACUGUUGGUUCCUGACCUUGCAUGCUCAUCAUCUAGGGAUCAUCCCGGCGAUCCAACGCUACAACAAGCUACUCAGGGCCACCAAAGAGCUGCAACGGAUGGUUGAUGAACUCAAUGCUAGCAAAGGCCAAUGGGAGAACACUCCGCUGGCCCGUAGGAACAAACAGGUCCGCGAUCGUUGCGUCAACCAGAUCAAUAAACUAUCUAAGGCGAAACUCGGUUGCGACAUCGCGGUCAUCGAUCCCAACGUGCUCGGAGCUUGCAUGCAGUUCUACUCGUCCGUUUGCGAAUAUAUGCUCUAUCAGAUCGAGAACCGACCGAUAGAGGAUCUGUUUGUGAAUAAGCAGGAACCGGCGAUGUUGGUGGCGAGUGAAAACUUCUGCUCGCUUCCGGAGUGGUACAUCGAGGAUAUUGCCGACUUUAUUCUGUUCUGCAUGCAACACAGUAUCGGGGUGAUUGAUUUUGUGGACAAUUCCAUCAUUACCUGGAUUCUGACGCUGGUCUGCGCGCCGCAUCUGAUCAAAAAUCCAUACAUCACUGCCAAGCUGAUUGAGGUGCUCUUCGUUACCUCACCGACAAUUCAAACGGCAUCGCAGCGUCUCUACCUGCAGAUCAUCAACCACGAUCUGGCCCAGCGGGCGCUGGUAAGUGCCCUUAUGAAGUUCUACACCGACAUCGAAACCACUGGACAGAGCACCGAGUUCUACGACAAGUUCACCAUUCGGUAUCACAUCAGCCAUCUGUUCAAGGGCCUCUGGGACAGCGUGGUCCAUCGCCAGGCUAUAGUUAAAGAGUCCAAAAGUGGAAAGCAGUUUGUAAAGUUCGUGAACUUCUUCUUAAAUGACACCACCUAUCUGCUGGACGAAUGCCUGGAGUACUUGAAACGUAUCCACGAAACGCAAGUGCUCAUGAUGGAGGAUUUGGCGUGGAAUGAGCUCGGCCAAGAAGCCCAGCAGAGCCGCCAAAGACAGCUGGUUCAGGACGAACGGCAGUGCCGAUCUUACUUAACGUUGGCUCGCGAAACGGUAGACAUGUUCCACUAUCUCACAAUCGACAUCAAGGAACCCUUCCUGCGGCCAGAGCUGAUCGAUCGAUUGAGUUCCAUGUUGAAUUACAAUCUGCAGCAGCUGUGCGGUCCAAAGUGCAAUGAUUUGCGUGUGCGUAACCCGAUGAAAUACGGCUGGGAGCCACGAAGACUCCUCGGUCAGUUGAUCGAUAUCUAUCUACACUUGAGCUGUGAUGAAUUUGCUGCCGCUUUGGCCGCGGAUGAACGAUCUUUCGAGAAACACCUCUUCGAAGAUGCCGCCAACCGAGUGGAGCGAUUGAAUAUCCGCACCGCGGUGGAAGUAGACGAUUUCCGGAAGCUCAUCCACCAGGCUGCGGAAAUCUACGCACAGAAUCAACAGAAUGCAGAUGAGUUUGCCGAUGCUCCUGAUGAUUUCAAGGAUCCACUGAUGGACACGCUGAUGAGCGAUCCAGUGAUACUGCCGUCCGGAACCAUAAUGGAUCGAUCGAUCAUCACCAGGCAUCUAUUGAACAGCAGUACCGAUCCCUUUAAUCGACAACCCCUCACGGAGGACAUGCUCAUACCAGCAACGGAACUGAAAGAACGAAUUGAGAAAUGGAUCAAGGACUAUCGUGAGAAGAAAAAACAGUAAGACUUGAUAUUUUUAUUAAACUACAAAUCAUAUAUGUUUUUAUUCUAAACUGGUCGAACAAUAUUCGAGGGCGAACACUCAAAAACUGAAUUUAAUAUUAUAAUGCUAUACAUACUAGACAUAUUUAUAAAACAAUUAUCGCUAAGUAACGUCCUCCCCCAAAAAUCUCCACUUUCUCCCUCUCCACACUAAUUGCUUGUCUGUUAACGAAACAUACGCCAAUAACUAAGCUCCUUCCCCUCACUUUAGUACCCCCCCCCCCAUACUAGAAGCGUUCUUUCAGCCUCCUCCCCUUUCCUUCGGAGAUUCUUCUGAGACUACGACUCUGUGUAUAUCCACCUUAUGAUGAUGCUAUUAUGCUGGCCGUGUUCUUAUAUAACAAAAAAAAAAGCUAAUGAGAAUGAAGCGGAGUAAAAAAUAUGCGCCUGGCUGAGAGGGAUACAAAACGCCUAAAUCCCGAACUUCGAAUCUGUAUCGUACGUAAGCUAGUACUUUGAAAAUAAAAAUUUGGAGAAAUUGCAA